AUGGAGGAGGGUGGUGGUGGUUGUAGGACGCCGACGCGAGACAUUCCGGCAGCGGUUGUUUGUCCGCCGCCUCCGAGGAAGAAAGCGAUGUACUUGAAGAAGCGGAAGCCGCCAAAAAAUGGGUAUUUUCAGCCACCUGAUUUAGAGGCCUUCUUUGCAGGUCCGGCGAGGACAGAGGCUUGUGCUUGA